AUGAACUCUGAAAACAACCAACAAGUUCUAAAAACUCCCGACCUCCCAUACCCGAAUAGUCCGACACCGCCGCCGUCGUACGAGGAAGCGACGAGAAACGACCAUUACUAUCAACCACAAUCGUGGUUGCCUUCGACUAGCAGCGGGUAUACCAGCAGUGGUCACUCGACAAUACCCGCUGUGUUCAGUGUUGAGUACCAGUACAACGAUGCCAUGUCAAAUGUUCACAGAGGUAUACCGUCUGUGACCACGACCACAACCACUCAAAAUCAGACCCAAGACGAUUGCACAUCGUCGCACAAGUCUACAAUCCAAAACAUUCCCAGUGUGACCAUAACGUUGGACAAUGAUCAACAUCCAACUGAAAUUUAA